GCCUUUCGAAAUAGGGGAAGUACUUGAAUGAGACUUCAUAGCAUCGAACGGGAGCUGGAAGGGCUGCUACAAUAUUCCUUCUUCUCUUGCAUGGGAGAAUAAGUUUUCUUCAGUUCCGGGUUCUGGGCAAGAUGUUUUUGGUGGGGUUGACAGGUGGCAUUGCAUCAGGGAAAAGUACAGUAGUUGCUCUGUUGCAGGAACUGGGCUGUGUUGUUAUUGAUGCCGAUGUUAUAGCUCGUCAAGUGGUCCAGCCAUGCUUCCAGGCAUAUCAACGUAUUGUGCAUUCCUUUGGUCCAGAAAUUCUAUUGGAGAGUGGUGAGAUCAACCGUGAAGCUCUGGGAAGUAUAAUUUUUUCCCAGCCAGAAAAACGUCAGCUGCUGAACUCCAUCACUCAUCCUGAGAUCCAGAAAGAGAUGUUAAAACAGAUCUUGAAAUACUUUGUGUUGGGCUAUCGAUAUGUGAUUCUGGAUAUCCCCCUCCUCUUCGAAGCCAAAAUGCUGACCAAGUUCAUGAAGCACACAGUUGUUGUGUAUUGCGACCCACAAGUCCAGCUAUCUCGCUUGAUGCACAGGAACGGGCUGACUCAGGCAGAGGCAGAAGCGCGCAUUUCUGCCCAGAUGCCCCUUGCCCAGAAGGUCAAGCUGGCUGAUCAUGUCAUUGACAACUCAGGAGACACUGAGGCCACCAAGAGGCAGGUCCUGAAAUUGCAUGCAGCGUUGGAGGACUCCUUGGACUUCCUUAUGCUGCGCUUAUUGGCUGUUGCAGCAACAGCAGGUGUUGGAAGCCUUGUGUACUUUCUAAUACAGCAGCUCGUUCGAUAGACUGAUCUUUCUUUAUCAGAGAGGGCAGAGGACCGUUAGCUGGUUUUGCUGUCUAAAUGCAAAUACCUGAAAAACUGAGUUCGAGGAACAGUCUGGUUAAAGCCUUUCCAGUUUUUUUCUCUAAAUGUCUCAGUGAAGAGAGGCUUAGUUCCCUCUGAAGUGAGUCUUUGCCUUUCCCCCCCCUUUCAAAGUGCCUGCACAAAAGAAUGAUUAUGGGUGAAGAUGGAAUUUAGGUGGGGACUUGGAUUAGUGAGUGGAAGCAAAACUUUUGACCUGCUAGGUUGGAGAUGGUGAUUGGGGAGCUAAAUGAAUUUAACAAGCCAAGCAUCAAAGUGCUGUUCUCAUUAAUUUUUGGCAUAAGAAUAACUGUACAACAAAGUGCUUUUUAAAAAAAGAACCCUUAUCCAUCAGAUGGAUGAAAUCUGCUACUGACCGGCUCUUAGAAAUGUUUAUUUUGGUGGUUCCUUCAAGGAUGUAGUCAGCAUAAAAUAUUACUUCUAUAGGAAUGGGUGAGCAGCACACGCCACUAAAAUACUUCCUACAAGGAAAUGAGGAAUCAAAUCCGUAGACUUUCAGUAGGACACUGUGCCGCUUCUCAACGUUUAAUGUCUUUUUAGUAAAGUGACUAAUAGAACCCAGUGUUAUAUAACCAGCAUAUCUUACAAUACAGAACUUUUAUUUAACAUUAUAACGAUCGGUCUAAGACAGUAUAAGGGAAUGUAAUGCAGUCCAAGUAUUUUUUUAAACUUCCUAUAGUUAGAGAAUCUUGAUCAUGCGGCAUGUCUGCAAAGGUUUUAUGCCCAAGCUGCAAGAUUUCCAUAAGUGUUACAGAGAUGAAGAGAAACACCCUAGAAUGUACUUUUAAAACACAACCCAGGCUGAUACAUACUCUUAUAAUCCUGCAUGUAUAGUUAGAGAACCUUGGAACAUACUUAAGAUACUCUUGUAACUAGACAUUAGGUGAAGAAGCCAGCAAUGAUAGCCAAGUAACUGGCUGCAAUCAGAUGGUUGCUCAUGUACAGUUGCCAGCUGUUGCUGAUAUAUAAAGAAAUUAUAUGUCACAUUAACCAGUUCUUUAUUUUGUAAUAGCCCAACUGAAAUGUAUAUAAAUGGUGCAAGAGAGUAAAGUUGAAGUGAGGCUCAGCUCCUGACAAGCCCAGUUUUGCAUUCUAGGGCAAACUAGUCUAGAAUGUCCUCAUUCCAUAACUAUAAACAGUAUCCAGAUAUCAGUAGGAAGGUAAUAAUGGCUUGCAGGCAAUAUGUGCAAUAAAUUCAAAUGCAGUCAAUUGUAUUUCAGGACUGUCUGGCUCUGUGAAAGCAGGGAUUGUUGUAGAGAAAUGCUUGACUCAUAUUCUUGAAAGGGAUAAAUGUAGGAAAUUCAUUUGUAAAUUCAGUCUUACUCUCUUACACACUCCCAGUUAUUCCUCUUUGAUACAGGUGGGGUUUCACAGCUGCAUCCACACAUGUGAAAUUGUAAGAUAACUGGGGUUUCUUUUAAAGCUGAGAAAUGUGAGAUUUGAAGAGUGCUACACACAGGACUCAGAACACUGGACUAGGGAUAAUGGGUUGGUGUGGUCACAUUCUUUCCACAAAUAACAAACCAUGCAAUGUUGCUAUGUUGGCAGGAGCCAAGAACAAUUCUGGUUUCCUCAAGAGUAUAUGUAUGGCAUGUUUGCAUAAUGGUAUGUCCCUAUGUUAUGACCUGUGGUUACAAUAAACUUACUUACUUACUUAAUACUGGUCUGU